AGUUUUAUUAGCAGAUUUUUUUGUAAACAAUGUGGACGUGCACGUGUUGCGCUCAUAAAACAAAUUUAAUUUAAAAAUAUCUCUGAGUGCUUUGAACAGUUUGCUUACUUGCAAUUAAUAAAUAUCUUACACGAAAAUGGCCGCAAUAACAGAAAAAUCAAAAGACACGAAUACUUUUCGCUUCAAAUCGUUCACCGAUAGAGUGAAUGAGAUCGACUUGCGCCAUUUGGCACUCUACCAUAUAGGCCACAAAUAUGAACAGCUCGAGGAGGCCGAUAAUGAGACGUACUUCCAACAAACGCUGCAGAAAUGGAACGUGCUGAAUCUUACCGAAGAGUACAACUCCUUCAGCAAGCAGUGCCGCAAGAUAGUCACACUGCCGCAGCUGCUGCACCAGAAGGACUUUGUGAUAGAUCUGCUGCUAGAGCGCCUAUCUACGGCCACAAAUUUGUCCCAACAACCACUGCUGGAACUGCUCUAUGUGUUGGCUCGCGAUCUCCGUGAAGAGUUCUAUGCUUACUUUCAGCGCGUGCUAGAUCGACUGAUAUGCCUCCUGAACACUCAGGAUGCCGAGCAACUGGAGUGGACGCUUAUUUGUCUGGCCCAUUUGUUCAAAACACUGAAGUCUUAUCUAAAACGUAAUAUUGGCGUCGUCUUCAAUGCGAUUUUGCCGCUGUUGGACGAACAGCAUUACGCAGAGCACGUGACAAACUUCGCCGUUGAGUGCUUUGCCUACAUAGCCCGAGAUGUUCGCGACUUUCCACGUUUCCUUGCCUACGUGCUGCAAACGGUGCUCCGGGAGCAGGUGGAAAGCGUGCAUGGCUGUGGGCGUCUGUUAUACGAGAUACUGCGUGGAGUCAACGGUCACUUGCACACAUGUGCUGCAGAUCUUCUAGCUCAUGUUCUGGAAUUGCUAGUCAACUCCGACGGCAGCCACACCAGCGCCCAGACGUCGCUGCUCGCAGACAUUGUGAGCCAUUGCUUCGGGCUGCUGCUCAACUUUAUGCGAGCCGAUCAAAGUGUCGUGCUCUGGCAACAGCUCUGUGCUGCCAUAUCCAAGGAGGAGCUUAGCGGGGCAGCCACGGUGCAGCUACUGGAACUUAUAUUGCCCCUUAUUACACAUAAGGGCGGACGCUACGUAGCAGAGCUGUCGCUUUUGGUGCCCACGGUAUUAAAGCUGCUUGAUCGUCAUAUGAAGGCCAAUGCAGAGCCGCUGCAGCAGCUGAGUACCUUGGUCAGCAGCUUGUUGCAGGCACCACAGGUGCAGCUCGACCAGCUGGAUGCCAGUCGCAUACUCCAAAAGCAGCUCAACGUCAGCAAAGUGUCACGCGAAGUGUACGCAGAUUUCAUUCUGCAGAUGCUGGAUUAUAAGUUGUUUGAGAUCAUGGUGCUUCCACAUGUUGUAGCGCACUAUGAGGAGCACAAGGAUAUUGCAGCCCUCGAACUUUUGGCCCGUAUUGUGCAGCACAAACGACCGCUAAAUGUUGACGCUGUAAGCUUAUCAAGUUGGUCGGUCUAUCCCAUGCAGCUGAAACAACAAUCAACUCAGCAGCACUUGGAGCAGCAAAUUCAACGCAUUGAUGUAACCGAGGAACGGCAACUGCUGCUGCUAUUGCUGCUGCCUCAUUUGCGCGGCUUCAAUAAGCAGCCACUGGAAGCCAGCCUUAAGUCAGCCAUCGAAGGUCAGCUGGCUCUAAAUGCUGCCGAAUGCACGCUGCUGCUACUGCUACUGCAGACCCACUCUCUGCUCAAGUUCAAGUUGCCCAAAGAGCUGCGCGCACAGCUGCAGCAGAGUUUGCUUCCACGCGUGGGUGGCGACUUGCGAGCACUGGGCUGUCUUCAGCUCAUCUUAGUAAACACGGCCAAGGGAGAUUGGACACCCAAAGCAACGGAAGAUAGCUUAGCUGUUGUGUCCAAGCUACUAAGUGACCCGAUGGCACAGCGUCGUCGCAUUGCGGCGCAUUGUUUGAAGUUGCUGGGUAACAUUCAAGGCAAGCUCAAUCCCUAUGGAUAUUUUGCAGCCGCUUGUCGCAUUGAGCCCACGGUUCACAAUUACCGAGAACUACUGCUGCAGCUGCAACAGCUGGAGCCGGCGGCAGCCCAGUUUAAGCAAUACGAACAGCUGCCGCAUUACAAGGAGCAUGCUGUCAGUUUGCUGCUCGGCUUGUUGUACAACAACUUCAAAUUUAUAUGGGCACCGGUGCAGCAGCUGCUGGCAGAGUAUGUCAAAGUCAUGACCACAGAGGAGUUCUGGAACUUGUUUAAGGAAAAGCUUCUACAGACGGUCGCCUGCAUUGACUACAAUGUGGAGGCAACCAACUUGGAACAGCCACCACAGCCAAGCUACAGCUCCCAUGCCCUCUCUUCGCUCUUGCCGCUGGAUGGGGCGCAGCUACAGCUCACGCUGCAGCAAGCUCUGAACUACCGUCAACUGCUGUGGCAAUGUAUUCCCAAGUUUGGUCAUAUUGCCGAGGUGAAAAAUGCGGACCUAGUGCGUCUCUUCUUGCAGUUCGUGGAGCGCGAAUAUCGUGCACAGCUGGAGCGCACCGAACACACGUGGAAUUUGAAUGAGUCAAGCGUUGAUGACAUUGAAGUUGACGAUGGGGAAAACGAAAAUUCUGAGAAGACUCCGACGACGAGUAUGGCACGAAGCUCAACUGAUCGCCAUAAGAAGAAGACCCGCAAUGCUCAUGCUAAAUUCAUUCUUCAGACGCUGCAGCUUAAACUCGCUUGUUUCGUAUCGCAACCGAACCCAAAGGCACUUCACCGGGAAGCAGAGAUGCGUGAGUUUUAUCUGGAGCUGCUCGCUGGUCCCAACGGGCUUCUGCAGCAGCUGGCGUUGGACUGCCUGGCCGCAUACAAGCAGCCCGCUGCCCUAGUGCAGCAGAAACAACAGUUGGCGGGGCUCAUCGACGAUGGCAAGUUCAAGACAACGCUAACUGGCUUGGAUUUAACUAGUUUGACUACGCAACAACGUAGCGAGUUGAUUCCUUACAUACUACGAGUGCUCUACGGCCACCUCAUCAAGGGCGGCCAGCGCCAGCUUAGUGGACAGCAGCGCAAGACGCUGAUUCUGCGCUUUCUGGGCCAGCUGGAGGAGGAGGAGAUAUUCAACUUUUUAAAAAUGGCAUUUGGACGCUUCGAGGCGUAUACUAGCCAGCCCAUCGAUCUGCUGGCAGGAUACGUAAAAUCACAUUUUGAGCCCACGGCUGUAACUUCUGCACGUCAACUGCAAAGAAUUGUCAAUCUGCUGGAGCUCAUAAGGAAGGAGUUCGCGGGCCGCUUGAGCGCUGCCUUCCAACUGUACGUGCUGAAGCUGCUGCUCUUGGUGGGCAGUGUCUCGCAGCAGGUGAUCGAGGGCAACGGCGUCGAAGCUGUCAAACUGAUGGCAGCUUAUAAGAACGUGCGACACGCAGCUCUGCAAACGCUGGUUAACUACUUUGGACAGCUGUUGGAUAUGUCCGAAUUGUGGACUAAGGAACAGCUGCAGGCUGUUUGCCAGGUCUUUGUCUGGCCAGGCCUAAGCCGUCUGCCCCAAGACUCUAUACACACGCCCACACCUCUGCUCAAGCUGCUGCUGCUGUGGGGUGGAGAGCCCGCGUAUCAGAACUUGUUGCAGCAGAGUCCAACGCCCCAGUCGCCACCCAUUAUGCACUAUCUGAUUGCUCUGCUCCUGAACGAGAAAUCCAAGCCCAUAGUGCGACGAUCACUUCUGCAGCUGGUCGAGCAACUGCUGGAGAGCGCCAGCACGGAAGAAUAUGGCCCGCAAGCCUUGGCGAUUCUGCAGCCGUACAUACCAGACGUGCUGCAGCUCAUGCAGGCCAAUUGGCGCCAGAAACGAGCCGGCAAGCAGACACUGGACAAAAGGGAGCUCAACAUCUUGAGCCUCUUGACGGUGCACGUGCACCAGCCGGAAACGUGUGAGAUGUUGCUACAGUUGCUGCUACCCAUUUUCACCAAGCAGGCAGCGGGUGCGAGUGCCGAAACUGUUUUUCAGCUGAUAACCACGCUGUCGAAUCUGAGCAAGCGCGUGCCCGCUCCCGACAACUAUGUGCGUCAGCUGGCGCCACUCUUCGAGCAGGUGCAUGACCUGCCGGCACGUAAACUACUCUGCGAAAUGCUUGCAAACAUGGCCAAACACAUAGUCAACGAGGCCAAAAAGCAGCCCGAGCUCUCCGCUGCUGCGACAAAGGUGCGGGAAUGGGCACGCUUUGUACUACAGCUGAAUGCCUGGGAUAAGCGCUGGCUGGAGCAGCCCGAUUAUGACAAGCGGCUACAGGCACUAACCGAACUGAAGCAGCUGCUAGAGCAGAAGGAUAAUCAGAAGCCAAUUGAUCUAGAACUGGGCCUCUUGGUGACCUACAACUGUUUCUAUAUGCUGCGCCACGACUCGGACUUGGGCAUGCGCGUCAACAUUGGCGAGCUGCUAAAGAUGUUGCUCCCGCAGCUCACCAACCAGCUGAAGCAGUUGUCCAGCAAGGAUGAGCUGCGCUUCUGGCUAGAUGAGUGUCUGCUGCCGUUGCUACAGCGCUGUGUGCGCGACGAACGCCAUGAGCACGCACGAAACGAAGCCAUUGGUCUGCUUGGAGAACUGGCACGCCAAUGCUCAAAUGCACAUGAAGUGCUGCGCGAUCUUGCCCCAUUGGCCGACUCCCAUGACGCAGAGGUGGACUUCUUUGAGAAUAUGCUUCAUUUGCAGACACAGCGGCAUGGACGUGGUUUGCAGCGUCUGGUCAACAUAGCCGGCGGCGCCAGUUGGCGAGAGACUCCGCCGUGCGCGCGCACGCUCACCCAGUUCUUACUGCCGCUGGCCACACGAUAUUUGUUAAGUGAGAAGCAUGCGGGCAAACACACCCUGGUGGACGCGGCAAUCGAGGCGGUGGGCGUCAUGUGUGAGCAGCUUCCCUGGCAGCAAUACCACGCCGUCCUGCGUCAUUAUCUGCAGCGUCUGCGACUGGCCCAUGGCCAGCAGAAGCAAUGCGUUCGCUUGGUGGUGCGCAUUCUCGACGCCUUCCAUUUCGAUCUAACCCAUGCAAAUACAGACGCGUCCCUUCUGGUCCAACUCAAACAAAAACUUGCCGAAACACCAGUUGAAACUACUGAGCAGACAAACGAAGAAGAAUCGGAGGAAAAAUCGGUUAAAGAAGAGCUUCCCGACGAUAGCGCAGAUAUUGAUUUUGAUGGGGACAAAGAUGAGGACAAGCUGGAGGAAGAGGAGCCAGUCAAGGAACGAAAGCUCUCCCAGCCAUUGGCACCCAAUGCGGCCAAGCGCGUCAUGAGCACCAUCACCAGUGUCCUGCUGCCCACACUCAAUCGAGCCAUUACCGAAAAGACCAAUUAUGACUCCAAGCACAAAGUUAACCGCCGCCGUCUGAGCUAUGAGCGGGAAGAGGAGGAAAUACAGCGUGUGCCCAUUGCCUUGGCCAUGGUCAAGCUAUUGCAGAAGCUGCCACAGGAGCUAUUGGAUAACAGUUUGCCGGGCAUUUUCAUGAAGGUGUGCACAUUCCUGCGAUCACCUCUAAAGUCAGUUCGCAUGCUCACCCGAGACAUCCUGAAGAAGAUCAUGCUCACCCUUGGCGGCAGUUGCCUGGGUCUGCUGCUGGAGCAGCUGCAAUCGUUGCUCACGCGUGGCUUCCAAGUGCACGUGCUGUCGGUGACGCUGCACGGAGUGCUGGACGCACUGCGUGACCAACUGCAGCCGGCGCACAUCGAGCAUUGCCUGCAAAACCUGCUCGAGGUAGCGCUUAACGACAUCUUUGGCGAUGUCAAUGCCGAGAAGGAGGUGGACAAAAUCGUUGCGCAUACGCCUGAAGCAAAGCCCAGCGCCAAGAGCUAUUUGACUCUGAAUAUUGCGGCGCGCUACAUUCGCGACAAUUGUCUGCUGGACCUGCUGAUGCCCUUCAAGGAGCAUCUGGCGCGCUCCCACUCGCGUAAGGUGACGCAAAAGAUACAGGAGUGCUUUGCCAAGAUUGUAGCUGGUCUUGUGGAGAACACACACAUAGCCCGAGAGAGUCUGUUGAUUUUCAUUUACGGCACCAUGUCGGAGAGCAUCACAGACUUGCUGCCGGGCACACAGAAGAGGCAGCUUACCGAAAAGCAACAGGCGCUGAUGCGUCGGGCCCGGCCUGACUGCCUGCUGCUGCAGCCAGCGCCUGGACGCCGUAGCGUUGCAGCUGGCAACAAGCAGGUCAAGUCCAACGCCCAAGCCAACGCACACAUACUGAUCGAAUUCGGACUGGAGCUGCUUCAUUUCGUGCUGAAACGUAAAAAGAUUGCGGAACUGGAUUAUCAGCCUUUCCUGCAUCCGUUGCUGCCUCUGCUGCAGGACGCCUUGAGCAGCAAUCACGCCAGGACCACAACUUAUGCACUUAAGUGCUACACAGCGAUCUGGAUGGGCGAGUAUCAGCUAUCGGAACUUAGCACCGAACAACUGUUCCCGGUAGUGGGCCGCAUGUUUGAGAUCCUGAAAAACUUCUCCACCUUCGGAGCCACUCGGCAGGAAGAAAACGCACAGCUGGUGCGUGCCAGCUUUAAGGCGGUUGUGGCGCUGUUACGGAAAUGCCAAGACUAUGCCCUGACCGACGAUCAGAUAGAGCAGUUGCUGUUGCACGUAGAGCAGGAACUGCAGGAGGGCGAGUGCAGUAGCCAAACGAUGUGCUUCACGCUGCUGAAGGCGCUGGUGGGACGCAAGGUGGACUCGCGCUCCCUGCACGAUCUAAUGAAACGUCUGGCCGACUUGUCCAUUAUCUCCCAUUCAGAUCAUGUGCGCGACGAGUCGCGAACGAUUCUCCUUAUAUACAUCAUGGAGUACCCGUUACAGAAGCGCGUCGAUCAGCUACUCAAGUUCAUGUCCGUGCAGCUGGCCUACACUCAGUCUGCUGGACGGCUGUCGGCCAUUCAAUUUAUGCACGCCAUCAUCAACAAGUUCCCAUUACAGUUGCUGGCCAAGCACUCCGAAUUUCUGUACCUCUCUCUGGGCACGCGUUUGGUUAAUGACGAGGACACCGGAUGCCGCCGCGCUGUGGCCGCCGCUCUGGAGGCGUUAGUCGGGCGACUAACCAAACUGCAGCGACAGCCGUUGCUGGACCUAACCAUGCUAUUCUUCACCUCGCCGCAGUCGAGUCAGAAGCCAGGUGUGCGUGAGCUCGCUGCUGCGCUGCUGUCCCGCUUUGUGCAAGCAGAGCGCGCAGGCUUCGCUGAGCGACUAUCCCACGUGUUGCCCACGCUGGUCGCCGUGCUAACUCUGGGCGAUGCAGAUGCAGCUGGAAAAUUCGUACGUGCUCCUGGACGUGAGACACUCCCUGUGAGUGAGCCUAAGCAGCGGCAUAAGCGACGACGAAAGCAAUCUAGCGGAGCGGCUGAUGAAGAGAUUUUGCUCAAUGAAGACCCGGAGGCGCUGUUGGAGCAGCAACAACGCAAUGUCGACCAUCAGGUAAUACAGCUGCAGUAUUGCCUGCUAAAGAUAUUCGAGCAUUGUGGCGAGACCUUGAUGAGCGACCAAGAACUGGCACCAACAGUGGAUGAGUUAGCGUAUGCCAGUCAGAGGCUUCUCGGCCACGAGCACAAUUGGAUACGGUGCAAUGCUGCAAAGCUGCUAACGCAGAUUUUGUCGCACUACGAUUAUGCGUAUGUGGGCCAGCGGCUGUUGGGUAUUAAAUGUGAAAAGGCAGAGGAUACCAAGGUGUUGGAAUUUAUAUACGGACAGCCAGCGCAAGAUCUCAAAAGCUUGGUGCUAGACCUGUGCGCCCAGGUGACUCCGGGCGAGACAGCGCAGGAAAUGAUUGACGAGUUGGUCAAGAUUCUGCUUUUUGUUGCACACAUGCUCAGGGAUGUGCCUUUCAGCAUCAAACAGGAGGAAGAUGUUGCGAAAAAAGAGGAAGUACCAGCUGGAAAAAUCAAUCUCAAUUGGUUGGUACGCAAUAUACGCUUCCUAAUCAACAAGGAGGUAUCCAAGGCACCACACGACACCAGCAUUCGAACGGCUCUAUUCUCUCUCAUCGAGGGCUUGUCGACGUUGCUCAGUGUUGAUGCAGUGACGCGUUUGGCCCCGGCCUUGAUGCAGGGACUUGUACGCGAAAUGUCUGAAGAGGAUCAAAACGUCGAUCCAGAACUGCGCCAGUUGUCGUUGCGAGUGGGCAGCCGAUUACGCAAACGCAUAGGAGCCGAGACAUACGACAAACUGCGCAAUCUUGUGCAGAAUAAGUUGAUGGUGCGUCGUGCCGAGCGCCGCAAAGCUGUGGCUCAGGAGAAGAUUCAUGACCCAGCGCGAGCCGCCAAGCGCAAGGCCGGAAUGCAGGAGCGAAAGAAGGCGGCCAAGCGCCUCAAGACAGCUGUGGUGCGCGGCAAGGCACCUGACAUGAAACAGAAACUCAAGAAGCGCAAACGGAAAGCUGAAAUGGAGAGUUUCUAGGCAGUUUUGUUUACCAUAAGUAAAACAGGUUUUUAUAUAUUUCCAUAUAACUACUCCUAUUAAAUAUGCUUUAUCUUAACUAAAUUACAUUGCAAUGAGAACGAUUAAACAAUUUAGUGAUACUUGUCAAAAUAAGGAUAAGGUAAAAUUGGCUUAAAUGCACUUCAUGCUGAUUGUAAAAUGUAGACAGCACAAACUAGCCUUAACAAUACUUUUGGUUUCCAGUAGCUAUUAUAAAAUAAUCAACAAUGUGGUCAAAGUUCAA